CUAAAAUUAUCUCACGAGGCCGGCGCAGUUUCUCCCGCACGGAACUCUGGGUAGGAGAGUGAGUAACGUUCUAAGUUUUUCGCCGCCAUUUUCAUCCGCAUCGUUGAAGUAACAGGGAUUUUGGGGGACUUUACCCUACACAACGGAUCAAAUGCUACCAACAGUCUGCCUGGGAAGGUUCAGGAAAAUACCAUGGCAACGGAUGCUAACCCUGUGUAUAGCGGGUGCUGUGGUCUGUUUGCUUAUCAGAGGACACGAUUCCGUUGGCAAACAAUCUCCAAACACCUUCAGGUCUGUGUCACAGGAAGAAGUUAAGGCGCUGAAGAUCACGUCCGAAAGACCAGAGGUUGGCACUACGGUGAAUGCAAACGCCUCGAGUGAAAUAACCAUUCUGCCAACCACAUCCACGGCUGUUCUUCAUCAGAAGGCUGUUGCUAAAGAGUGGGCUUCAAAAAGGUUCCAUGCGAUGAGUUCUCCAAUACUGCGAUAUCUCAGCAUUGCACACAAUAAUGUUGAUGUUUGGGAUAAUUUACAUCAGUACAAAUUCUCAAUGAACUCCGACAACUGUAAGGGCUGGGCCUCCAUAGUGGUGAUAGUGCAUACUGCCCUGUACAACGUCAAGAAGCGACAGAAAAUCAGGAACACCACCAGUGUAUGUGACACUAAACAUGGAUCAGUAUUGACUGUUGUUUUCUUAGUGGGGCAAACUAACAAUGCUUCAUUACAGACAGAAGUCGCAAAAGAAUCACAGAAAUAUCAAGACAUGGUGCAAGGGAACUUCAUAGAUUCUUACCACAAUCUGACCCAUAAACACAUUAUGGGCUAUCAUUGGGUUCUCACUCACUGCAAAAAUGUAAAGUACGUCAUCAAAAUGGACGAUGAUGUCGUUUUACAUACUAAUAACGUGUUGAGGUACCUGUUGUCGAACCCUGUCUCUGAGGGGAAUAUCAUGUGCUUCGUUGUACCUGGGAGCAGAAAGAGUACAGCCGGAAAAUGGGCCGUUUCUGAAGUGGAGUAUCCAUUCGUCAGGUACCCUCCAUAUUGUGCAGGAUUUGCCUACAUGACAACACUGUCAGUUAUCAGGAAUCUACACGCAGCUUCAACUUACAUCAAGUCAAUAUGGAUUGAUGAUGCGUAUGCUACCGGAAUUCUAGCACUUGCAUCUAACACUAAACUGAUAAAGUUUCCCGAUGGACAAUACUUUAAUGGGUUGUCUAAACCACCCGAACGUUAUAAAACAGAAGGGAUGUUCGUUUUGUAUCGUGAUUAACUGGGAUACCUCUAAUCCAAGGAGAGUAAUGUACAGAAAAGGGCGUGUCGGUCUGCAGGUGGUAUUGCUAGCAUAAAGGACAGUUAUGUACAGGUUUGGGCGUGUGUGUCUGCAGGUGAUGCUGUGAGCAUAAGAGUUAUGUACACAAGGGGGUGUGUCGGUCUACAGGUGUUGCUGGCAUAAGAAGCGUUCUGUACACGAGGGGGCGUGUCAGUCUACCGGUUAUGUUGCUGGCAUACAUAUGGAGAGUUAUGUACACAAGGGGCGUGUCAGUCUACAUGUGAAGCUGCCAGGAUACAUCUUCCCGAGGCAAGGGAGUAAAGUAACUUUGAAAGUUCAGUUGCCAUCCUUGCCAAACUAGGCUGGAAUUAUGGAAUUAUAUUUUGGUUGGACUAACGAGUCUAUGCAUAGUCCAAUCAAAAUCAUGUAACGAUAUCGAAAUCCGGUUCAUAAACAACAUGGCUACUGCCGUCCCAAAUUCGUUCGAUUGCAGGAUGUGCAAAGACUGUCUGCCGUCAACUUGGCGUCGACACAUAUUUUCCAUGUUUGAAGUUAUGUUUGUGAUCAAGGUGCUCAAAUCGAAGAGAUCGUCAUGACUUGGCGCCGCCAAAUUGAUAUGAGAGGUUGAAUCUGAUUGGCCAGUCGGGGGGAAAGAGGAGGGCAUAACUGGUAAUAGCCACUGGUAACGGUACGAUACCAGUUAAGUCACUAAGUCCCUUUCGUCGGGAUGAUGGCUAGCAUAAGGAGAGUUAACGUAUUCGACGUAAGUAGCGCCCCGCACUAAAAAGCACCCUCGGCGAUAUUUGCUAAUGUAUUGGCUAGUGAACAAUCCCAAUUAGCACCUAGCACUCCUUCCGAUUGAUCAACGUACACAAGACUUAUUUAUUCGCGUAUAAUACGCACUCGUGUGUUAUAUGC